UACGCACAAAAAGCAAUAUGGUGACCGUCAGGGGACAGUCGUGAGCGCACACGGGGGAUGUUUAAUAAUAUUUAUCGUUGUCGGCAACGUGCGUCGGUGAGCGCGAGUGAUGAACUUGACGUGACCGAGGGCCUCUCGCUAGGCUAAAACAAUCCGGGCACCAUGUGCGAUGUGUGCGUCGAUUUUCACGAUCUUCUGCUCUCCUAUGACGAACGUUCGUCGAAGGAGCAAGAUGCAUUGGCAACAUUGUAUGUAACAGAUGUGGACACGACGUUGCAUUAUGUUAACCAGUGGGUGCAAAGACAAUGUAUGUGCUGUUAUCGUGAAAUUAAAAAUUUUGAUCGAUUUAUAAGGCUAACUCAGAGUGUUGUGCUCUGUACGUUACAACAGUUACAAGUUAUACAGCAAAAUGAACAGCAGGGAGAUCUGGUUAAAGAGACGCCUAAGGAUGGAAAGGAUGAGGAAGAGAAAAAUAAUAAGCGAAAACCUAACGACAAUGCAGAGCACGCACAAGUGGAAAUUCAGACGAAACAAGGAUUGUGGUCUCAAUAUGAAAAGGAAAGAUUAUUUCAUCUUCUUUCGAAAAUUUUUUUACUCAACUUCCCUCUCUAUAUUGCAAUGAAACACGGCGGUGUAAUUAACCCUUUAGCUCCCGUCAAGGACGAAGGUGGUUACUGCGAGCCGCACGACCCCGAAGUACCGGCACCUUUGAUCCGCGCGGUAUCUAUAUUUUGCCAUCAAGGAGGCUUUAAUUUGGUAUCCGCUUGUUUCGACAUGGAAAGCACACUGCCUGUUAGCCUUGCGCAUUCUAUGGUUGCAGUUAUUUGUAAUCUGAAACUUUGGUUGAACUAUGCCAGUGUCAUUCAACUGUUUAUACCAUUCCGCAGUCGUGUUAUGAAGUAUAUGUGUCGUUUAGAGGACAAGGAAUUGCGUACACCAGCUGUUAGGACCAUGGCAGAUUUUAUGUGGACGGCCGUGAAGGAUCCGAUAGACUCUGUAUUACCAAGUUUCGAUCGUGACGGGCUUGACUUGGCAUUUAAAUAUUUUACUAGUACAACUCUGACUAUGAGGCUGGCUGGAGUAGCUCAAAUAAAUGCUCACAUUACCGCGUCUAAUGAGGUCUGCAACAACGAGGCUGUUGCCGAGGUCGAACAAGUGGGACAUGCGCUUGCUGCUUGGUUGACCGAAAACAACAUCAUAGCUCAUAUAUUCGGACCAAACUUACACGUAGAGGUUAUUAAACAGAGUCACAUUAUAUUAAGCUUUUUAGCUAUGGAAGGUAGAAUUACAUCCUCGGACAUGGACACUAUGUGGCAAGCGGCACAGUUGAAGCAUUGCGGCCGUCCGGUUUACGAUCUGUUAGCACCUUUGGUCAAACAUCUAGCUCCUACUCCCGUACUCCACUUGUACUCUCUGCUAGGCAAAUUGGAACCUAAGGAUCACACAGAGCAGAGUUUGUUUCUAGCAUCAGCUUUAAUCAAAUUUAUUUGGACAUCCGGUCGCUCCGCUUAUCCAAGAGGUUUAGUAAUGAAGAACAGAGAAAUUUUAAGGAGUACCGGAAGUGGAGUCGGUGGAAGUAGCAGUAGUGAUCCAAGCGGAAUGGAUGGUAGCAGCCCAGAGGAUGAUGAAGAGGAACCUAGUCCAACGUUAUCGGAUGGACCGUCACCUAGAAAGCAACCCAGAGGCUACAGCAGUGAUGGCGAAGGACAUUAUAAAGGAAAGGAUCUGACAACCACCACCAUCGAAUCAAGUCUCAAUGAUAUUGAAGGCAUGAAUUCCGAUAAGUUUGAAUGUAACAGAGAAUUGACCAAGGACUCGUCGACGAAUGUCAUUCGAGAAGAGGUAAAGAGCAAACAGAGCGGAUCUGACGCUGAAGCGGACACGGAGAAGUCUAAUACGGAGGAAAUGUUUGUACAUGAGAAGAAAAAGCGAAAAAUCCUGCGCAAACGAAAGAGACCGCAGAAGCGCUCUUUAAGUGCCGUUGAGAAAACCUUGGAAGAUAUCGUUGGUCAAGAUACAAAAUCAAAAGAUCUUCUCGUAGAUGGGAAAAGCAGAACGGAAGAUAUGCUAAAUAGUAGUCUGGAUGCUUUGGCCUCCUUGGACGAGCCAAAAAGCGUCGACGCGUUGGAUCGCGUUAAGCAACAAGCGAUGGCUUUAGAUCCAAAUGAACAACAAGUUCCAACCACGGCAGCUUUAUUAAGACGAAAUAAAAAUAAAUACAUGUCUAUAGUAGGAUAUAACGUGGAUCGAACGGCCGAUUCGGGAGACAGUUCGCACGAUGAGGAUGAUAGUGAUGUAGCGGGUGUACUCGCUGCUGCGGAUGGCCCUGGCGCGGUGAUAUCUGAGCUUGCUGGUUUGGUGCAUGCAUCUGGUCCUACGUUUUUACCUUCGGGAUUGGACGAGAUGCUCUCUGACGAAGAGGGUUCAUACAGUAGUAGAAUAUCGAACAAAAGUGAAAAAAACAUGGCCGACUUUGAUGGCGAAGAGAGCGGUUGCGAAGAGGAACUGGCACAAUUAGCCGCUCGUCACUUAACUGCUAUCCAAAUGCAAGCUUAUCAUCCUCAUCAUUCACACUCGACUAUGACGAUUAGAAGAUCGGUCUGUCAGCAGUCGCAAGUACGAACCGCUCGACAAGCAGCCACGAGAUUGAGCUCGCAGUUCAAUUUGGAUACAGUUUGUAAGCCGGGUAACACGCUGCUGUGGGAUCUACUUCAGGACGAUAAGAUAGGUCAACUAGGAGAAGGUCUAGCCUUGGAAGCGGAAAAAGCGCUAUGUAAUCUUUUAUGUUUCAAUGUUGAUCGCUUGAUUCCGAUGAAGUUCAUAGAAGGCUGCUUGGAGAAUUUGGCGACCAAUCGUUCCGUGGUUAUAUCUCUAAGACUAUUGCCGAAAUUGCUCGCGAGUUUUCAACAAUUCGGUGCGAUGGACGCGCAUACGAUUACAACCUGGGCUGAUCGUGAACGUGGUAUGAUGAAACACUUCUUUAAUAAUUUGAAAACUUACACUGGUACAGGACCGAAGAGUAAUUUAUAUUCGCAUCAAACGGAGAUACAAGUUAGAUUGCAAUUUCUGUCAUCAAUCUUCUCGCCAUUGGGUUCACCCGAUUGCUUUCGCUUGAAUCUAGAACAAGUGGAUAUAUUAUGGCAAUGCUUGUCACAGGAUCCGGUUUGUGCGGAUGAACUCUUCAGUUGGUUGCUCAGCCAAGCAAAAUCUACGGAGCAGCAUGCUUUAGGGAUGGAUACGUUAAAACACUUGUGCAUGCGCAAGUUACCGAGUCUACCACCAGAAACCAUCAGUAUGACAGGCCUGAGUCUGUUCCAACAAUUGUGCAACCUGGCACGCUUGGCAGCCGCUCACAUGGAUAGACCACUCAGGGAUAUAGAUUCGGUAGGCAUGGAUUUCCUGUGGCGAAUUGCUCUGAAAGCGAAAAGCACAGACGUCAGUAUGGCAGCUAUACAAUAUCUCAAUGGUUAUUACAUGUCACGACAGCUGUCACAAGAGGCGGAAUUUGUAUCGCAAUGCAUGACGCAUCUUGCGGCGGCCAGUGCUGAUCUCGAAACUAACGAGGAAGCAAGUCUACGUUGUAUACAGCGCGCUUUGCUCCUACUAAGGACACAUUUGGAAGCCUUUCGAAAACGGUACGCCUAUCAUUUGCGUCGCUGGGUGUUGGAAGGCAGAGGUGCCGCCAGUCACGUAGCCAUGAACACGUCUGAGAAAGGCCAACAAUUAAGAAUCUUUGUGCAGCCCGCUGGCAUACCGGAGAAAACGAGUUUCACUCUUCUUAAUACCGACUAUGUAGCAGAUUUGCGGGCCGAAGUCGCUAAAUGGUGGGACGACACGCAGAACACUCAAGAGAAAUCAGCAGUUUCUGCAAACGCCGCUCAAAAUGGUGGAUCGGUUUUAGGAUCGUUGCUUACCGAUGGUCCUAUCAGAAUGAUUACCCAAGGUCAGGAAUUGACUAUCGAAUUUGACGAGAAAACCUUACAAGAGAUGGGCUUCAAGGAUGGGCAAUUGGUAUUCAUUUCACCCGGCGCCAGUAGAGGGAAUGGUGGCCGUUGUAGCAAACGAGAUAUGGAUUCGCCCUCGUUAUUACCACCUCCUCCUAGAGAGUCCUUACCGACUUUAUUAUUACUUCGACCGCAGUAUUUCGAGCAACUGUUUACACUUAUGAGAACACUCAGCGCCAUGAAAACGACAGUGAAAGGAGGCCAAGAAAUUCCUCAUACAAAGGCACAAGUGCUCUCGAGAAGAGUUUGGGAUACGCUCACCUUAUUACCAACAAGUCCAACAUUGUUGCGAGGUUUCCAGAAACUCGGUGAAACUUCUCUUCAGGAAUUACUUGAUCCAGCGAGUCCGCAGAAAUUGAUGUAUUCACUUUACAUAGUCGAGUCUCUGAGUCGGCGAGGUGCGACGAAUCAACCAUCGUCUAGUAAUCCCACUGUAUCGACGAUACACGAAGGUGGUGGCGACGCGGAUGACAAUCAUGACGAUAAGGAAAAAGAUAUGGCUUGGUCCACCUUGUUCGUGCAAUACGGUGGACUUCGGCAUCUUUUUGACAUCUUUAUGUCGGGUUGCUUGGAGCAGGGAGACGGCAGUGAGUGGCAACAGGAUUGUCUCGCCAGUCUAUUGAAACAACUUUGUUAUCUCGGUGUCAUAAAAGAAGAGAAAAAACGUAACAAAGCGGACAAACCAUUGCUAGUGCCCAAGCUCAGCGAAGCGAUGUUGAAAAUGAUGAACGUCGACACAGUGAUGCCAAGAAUAACGAGCAUUUUAAAUGAUGCUUCGUUACCGCUUGAUCCAAAUCACUACAAGACUGGACUUUUUGGCCGAUCUCAAGUGAUACAUUAUGCCAUGGCACUACUAGUUUGUUGGGUGCACAGUGAUCCGGCAGUCAGACAAUAUCUGUUCUCAUCAUCCGAACCGUUUGGGAAAACGUGGUUGCGAAGGCUGAUAUUGGAAGAUCCUGAGCCGGCAGUGAGACGCGAAGUAUGUACGGCUCUAUACAGAUUAUGCUUGGGUAGCACUGGCGCCCAAGAUAGCUCAGAUGAUAGCUCAGAUCAGAUGCCAGGAUUGAUCGUACCCAUGUUAAAUACUUUACUGGAGCAUCUUGUGAUCGCCGAAGCUAUGCAACCUUCUCAUCGCAAGCCAGAUCUACCGCUGCAUCUACACACUGUUUUAGACGAAGGAAAGGAACCUUAUGGACCAGCUUGCAAAGACUAUUUUUGGUUGGUAUGUCGUUUGGUAGAUUCUCUUCCAGACGAGGCAAUUCGAGAAAGCUCAGCGGAUGACACCUCCGGUACUACGGUCGAUCUCGAAGCGUUGGCUAUCCGGGUGAUUGACUCCGUGCUUAACAGAGAACAUUUAGAGACGCGACAUAACACGGUGGAAGAUGACGCUCUGGUCGGACUGAUCAAUCUCACAUGUAACAUAAUGACGCACAAUCCACCCUGCAAGCAGGGUAAGAUCGGUCAGAAUUUAUUGAAUCAAGUGUUUGAUUUCCUGUUCGCCUUGCCUAGUCCACGAAGCAAGCAUGUACCCAAGUGUAAAAGCCAAGCAUCCAGAUCGGCGGCUUUCGAUCUCUUAGUCGAAUUGGUGAAAUCUGCGCCUGACAAUUAUAGGAUUUUACACGAAAAGCUGCUUGUCCAACACCGUCCAGGACCACAUUCCCCGUAUCCGUGGGAUUAUUGGCCUCAUGAGGAUGGACGUUCGGAUUGUGGCUAUGUAGGUCUGACAAAUCUGGGCGCGACAUGUUACAUGGCUAGUUGUAUGCAGCAUCUAUAUAUGAUGCCACAGGCGCGCAUUUCUAUAUUGGGUGCUGAUUGUAGUCGUGCGAAUAAACACCAGUUGACCUUACGAGAACUACAAAGAAUGUUCGCUUACUUGUUGGAGUCGGAAAGAAAAGCGUAUAACCCAAGAAGUUUUUGUCGUGUAUACACAAUGAACCACGAGCCGCUCAAUACUGGUGAGCAGAAAGACAUGGCUGAAUUUUUCAUCGAUUUAGUUUCCAAAUUGGAGGAAAUGACGUCCGAUCUAAAGAAUCUGGUCAAAACUUUGUUCUGCGGCGUGAUAUCUAACAAUGUCGUCUCGCUUGAUUGCGAGCACGUUAGUAGGACUUUGGAGGAGUUUUAUACCGUCCGAUGCCAAGUAGCAGAUAUGCGGAAUCUUUAUGAGAGCUUAGACGAAGUCACGGUCAAGGAUACGCUGGAAGGCGACAACAUGUACACGUGCUCGCAAUGCGGUAAGAAAGCGCGGGCCGAGAAGCGAGCGUGCUUCAAGAAGCUACCGCAUAUAUUGUGUUUUAAUACAAUGCGCUAUACCUUUAACAUGGGCACCAUGCUAAAGGAAAAAGUCAACACACAUUUUAGUUUUCCACUUAGACUGGAUAUGUCCGGUUACGUUGAGAAAAAGCUCAUGCCACAACACUACCAGGAUGAGAAGAAAGCAGCAUCCGAGAAGAGAAAAUCCGAGAACGAUGGACAUUCCAAGUCGGACGAAACAGAGAAAGAGGAGGAAGAUGUUGAGCAUUAUCAGUACGAUCUGAUCGGCGUGACCGUUCACACAGGAACGGCGGACGGCGGGCAUUAUUAUAGUUUCAUCCGGGAUCGCACGUCUCCCAACAAAGACAAAUGGUUUCUGUUCAAUGACGCCGAGGUCAAACCAUUCGAUCCGAAUCAGAUCGCGGCCGAAUGUUUCGGUGGCGAGAUGACCAGCAAGACGUACGAUUCAGUGACAGACAAGUUCAUGGACUUUAGCUUUGAAAAAACCAACUCGGCGUAUAUGUUAUUUUACGAAUGGUGCGCCAAUCCUAGCGAACAAACAAAAGAAGAAGAGGCGACCGUCUCAAGUCCAGCCACUGACAAUACUGAUAGUAAUACCGGGCGAUCCUCGUCGUCUUCACUGGUGCGCAAUAAUAUGAAUAAAUUGCCGCCGCUGGAACUCAACAAGGAGCUCGAAGACUGGAUUUGGCAGGACAACAUGCACUUCCUACAAGACAAAAAUAUAUUUGAACAUACGUACUUCGGAUUUAUGUGGCAAAUAUGCGGCUACAUACCACAGACGUUACUCUCCGUACAGCCAGAUAUCACGGAGAUGUCUGCGGAGUUAUCCACGUCCUUCUUCAUGGAGACGUUCAUACACGCCAAGGAGAAGCCGACGAUGGUGCAAUGGGUGGAAUUGCUGACGAAACAGUUCAACGGUUCGGCCGGCGCGUGUGCGAGAUUUCUCGAGCGGAUGGCCGGCAAUUCGUGGUGGCCUAUUCAGAUUCUAGUCAAGUGCCCUAAUCAGAUGGUUAGGCAGAUGUUUCAACGGUUAUGCAUUCACGUGAUUCAACGAUUGCGCGCUACACAGGCACCCCUGUACCUCCUCUGUGAUGAAGAGAACGAUGUCAGCACCGUUGGCACACGAUCUUGCGUUACGCGUUUCGUCAGAAUGUUGUUGUCACUCAUGGAACACGCUAAGCAACACCUUAAGCAUCUCACCGAGUACUUUAGCUUCUUAUACGAAUUCAGCAAGAUGGGCGAUGACGAAGCUGUUUUCUUAAUCAGAGUGCAAGCCAUUUCCACGAUGGUAAAUUUUUAUCUCGGGCAUAAGACGCACGAGUUCGUCGACGCGGUCAGCGAAGAGGAAGAAGAGGAGGAGAUCGUGACCGUGCCUUCGGAAAAACUCCGACCCGCUUCUCUGGACAAGAUGAUCACGUUGAUAGCAUAUCUGGUCGAACGCAGCAGAGGACAAGAUCAUAGAUUGGCGCUAUCACAAUCGGACCUAAGUGCUGUAGCGGGUGGCAAAGGCUUUCCCUUUUUAUAUCAACAGACGCGAGAUGUUAUAAAUCUCACUCAAACAAGGAAUUUGAUUCAUUCGUUGUGCCGUUGGAAUGAUAGAUUAGCAAUACAUGUAGUAACAAUGAUAUUUCAGGCGAUAAUGAAGCAUACUGACGUGUGCCAGCCAUUCUUCAAAUUGUUGACGCUGCUGACAGAAAGUUCAGGGUUGAGCGGACUGCCGUGCAUGACUCAACUGAUUCUCGGUAGAGUAUGGGAAGCGGCAAGAGUCGCUCCGCACGGUGCACUCGAGUGGCUAGCUCUCGCAGUCACGAGGAGUAAACUUGCCCACGCCUGGGUACUGCAAGAGCUUAAUACAUGGCUACAACAUUACCUUCUCGAGCACUCCAAUCAAAGAGUUCGCUCGGCCGCCGCCUUUUUAUUGGUAUCUUUAGUUCCGUCUACGCAUUUUAGACAAGGUUAUCGUAGCGCUCAUCGCCUUGGUUUAGGCUGUAAUACGUCUAGAGAACUUCAACUAUCGCCUGAAGCUACUUUGAUAUUGCAUCAGAUAUUUACGGCACUCUUGAGACUGCUUCAGCCCGCACGACAUUACAUUGACAUACAAACUCACGGUACAAUGAAGCUCACUGCCUACUUUGCAUUGCUCACAUACUGCGUAGUCUCUAAGACCGAAAAAUUAAUGUUCGGCCAAUAUCUUAACGAUCUAUGGACACUUUUCCAUCCAAAGCUAUCGGAACCAAGCAUUCCGGUGCAUCAUAAUAAGCAAGCAGUACUUUUGUUCUGGUAUCACGUCUGCUCCGAUUGUCCAGAAAACGUUGCUAUGAUACUUCACAAUCCGCACAUAACUAAAAAUAUAGCAUUUAAUUACAUAUUAGCUGAUCACGAAGACCAGGAUGUCGUGUUAUUUAAUAGAGUUAUGUUACCUGCAUAUUACGGUCUCUUGAGGCUUUGUUGUCAGCAAUCGCGUACAUUCACAAGACAGUUGGCUGCGCAUCAGAAUAUUCAAUGGGCUUUUAAGAACAUCACUCCCCAUCCUACUCAGUAUUCAACUGCAGUGGAUGAAUUAUUUAAAUUGAUGCAAUUGUUAGUCGCGAGACAUCCUGAUCAAACGGAACAAGAAGAGGCAGAAAUCGCAUCAUUCAGAAGAGGCACGCUGUCCUCCUAUUUACAAGGACUCGAUGGUCGUUCGUGUUGGGCAACUCUCAUUUCUGCUUUUCGAAUUCUCAUUGAAUCGGAUGACGAUCGUUUGUAUGUUGUGUACAAUGGUGGCUUAAGCAUGGCUCUCGAAGCUUUUCAUAUGCUACAUAUCAUGUAUCACGAAGCGACGGCGUGUCACGUUGCCGGCGAUCUAGCCGAGUUGAUCGCUAUUAUUGUCGAACUCGUGCGAUGCGUCCGUACCGCAAGGGACGGACCGGACGCUAGAAACAUUUUGGCUAAUUGUAAGGAAUGGCCCGAUAUACUACGUAAACUGGCGACGCUACUAAACACGUACAACCCGCCGGAUAUGAGAAAUCUGGCUAUAGACCUUUUGAAAGAGCUUGUCAUGCUCGUUCCUGCCGAAGCAAUACUGAUCCUAGCACCGUUGCUCUCACACUGCCACGCAGCUCUUCAAGAGUCUCAUGCUGCUGUCCCUCCCGGGCCGUACCUUCCGAGAAGGUCUACUCCACCUGGAAAGAUGCCUACGAGACCCGCCAGGCCAAUGGUACAAAUGGCGGUACCUCACUCUCAGCUGGAGGCGUCAAAAGGAGUGGACCCGGAGUAUGACAGCGCUCUGCUUGAAUUUUACUUACCUUAUCACGAGCUCAUAGACGUAAUGUGCAGAUUAGCGAUUAAUAACGAUUGCAUGACAGAUUCGUUAGUGAAUUUAAGUGCUAUGCUUGGAUUCGAAGGUGUACCUUUGCACUUGGCUCUGUUUCCGAGGCUAUGGUUGGACGUGCACGCCGCUACGCACAUAGACAGAAAGCACAUCGCAUCUCUCCUUUGUUCUUCCUAUACCGUGGAUUAUGUGGAUGCUGUGUUACUGGACGAGAGAUCGUCUUUGGGGGUACCGGCGAUACACGCCUUCCUCAAAACUUUCUUUCCGAAGCUGGCCAAUCAUGUAUUGACUGAGCAAACAUGUUUACUCAUCGACAAUCUGGUUAGCUCGUUGACGACGAUGGUGGAAGCAGUGGACGUUGAGGCAUCGGCGCAUAGACUGACCGGUGAUUUGCGCGCCUUGGCUCUCGUUUAUAGCAGUAGCACGAGACUAAAACCACCCUCCAGUUUGCUCCCGGCUUUAGAAACCCUAUUGUCGCGAACUCGGACUAUUACAGUGAAGGAGAAUCGUUCAUCGCCGGAAAUGGAAACACCCUCCAAAAGACGAAAAUUGUGCAGCGAUAGCGAGCCGACAGACACGGAUCUAUGUGCGCCGAUCAAGGACAUCGACACGGAGAACAACAUCUCCGAGACAGAGAUGGACAAAGCGGACGCAACAAACGAUACAAUGUCUUCCGAUUCCGGGGACGAUAAGGUCGCCGCCACCGCCAGACACAAGUCGGGCAAUGUUCAGGCGGAGGCUAUCGCCACUAGCAUCAGCGACUCUGUGUCGCCGCCGAGUUUGGUUACCACCGCUAAUAGUUGUACAAAUCAAUUGCGUUGCUCGUUGACCAACGUCUCGUGGCUCGAAAUGCUGGAGAAGACCAUUGUCGAUCUUCAAACGAUCGUGCAAGUGCAAAGCAAGAAUAAUUAAUCGCGUGUGAUCGGUGGGAUGCAGGCGGAGUGCUCUCUAGACAGCGUAACGUACGGAACUAACGACCAAUUCUACGACCUGUAACUGCAUGUGAUCCUUUAUGCCGAUAGAAUUUAAACGGUGUGUCUUCUGCGCUCCUUCGAAAUCGGAUAUAACUUAGUACAUAUUGUAUCGUAUAUAUAUGUAUCUCGAAGCCGCGAUUUACUUUCCAAAUAUAGGAGAAUAAGAUAUUUUCGUUACUCGACAUAAGUUACAUUCGAAUAUGAAGUCGGGGAGUUGCGUAUCGCCGUCGUAUCUGGACUUAAAUAAUUUUAUCAUCUAAACGUUCGUUAGUGCUGUGAGAUAGAAUUACUCGUCUCUCCUGGCAGAAGCACGGUGCGCGCACUUUAACGUGCAAUAACAUCGUAAACCAUCCAGUAUUCAGAAAGCGCAAUGUGUGUGGUUUUAAUUAAACCUUAAGACACUUUAAACACGCUAUAUCUCUCAGAAAACUGUUGACAUCCUUAAUUAUUUCGAUGAUUUCGUGCUAUAUUUGUGUAUGAAAGGAAUC